ACUAGUAGAAGAGGAGUGUACUUCCUGGUGCCCUGUUUCCAGCAGCCGAUUUACCGGAGUUGCUUAGCGGGCUUGAAUGAUUGGCCUGAUGUGUUUUGAUGUCUGCUGACGGGUGUCUUAUCGACGUGCUCCAAUCUACUAAGUCGGGACAUGGUGAGCAGACAGUGACUUAUGAGGAUGUGCAUGUGAACUUCACUCAGGAAGAGUGGGCUUUGCUGGAUCCCUUCCAGAAGAAGCUCUACAAAGAUGUCAUGCUGGACACCUACAGGAACCUCAAUGCUAUAGGCUUUAAUUGGGAAGACCAAAAUAUUGAGGAACAUUGUCAAAGAUCUAGAAGACAGAGAAGGCAUGAAAGAAGUCAGAGUGCAGAGAUUCCCUCCGAAUAUACUCACUGUGGAAAACCCUUUGCUUUACAUGCUCACAGUCAUCCUCAAAGGAAUGAAAGGAUCCAUUCAGAAAAGAAGCCCUCUGAAGUUAUUCAGUGUGUUGAAGCCUUUGCUCCUUCCACAGUUCUCCAAAUACAUAAAAGAACACAAGCUAGACAAAAACCUUAUGAAUGUAGUCAACGUGGUAAAGUUUUUACAAAUCACAGUAAACUUAAAAAGCAUGAAAGGCUUCAUACUGGAGAGAAACCCUACAAAUGUAAUGAAUGUGAUAAAGCCUUUUCACGAUGCAGUAGCCUCCAGAAGCAUAAAAGAGUUCACACUGGAGGGAAACGCUACAAAUGUCAUGAAUGUGAUAAAGCCUUUUCACAACUCAGUAUACUCUACAGGCAUAAAAGAGUUCACACUGGAGAGAAACCCUACAAAUGUAAGGAAUGUGAUAAAGCGUUUUCACGACCCAGUGGACUCCAGAUGCAUAAUAGAGUUCAUACUGGAGAGAAACCCUACAAAUGUAAUGAAUGUGAUAAAGCCUUUUCAAUACACAGUAGCCUCCAGAAGCAUAAAAGAGUUCACACUGGAGAGAAGCCCUACAAAUGUAGGGAAUGCGAUAAAGCCUUUUCAGACCACAGUAGCCUACGGAGGCAUAAAAGAGUUCACACUGAAGACAAACCCUACAAGUGUAGGGAAUGUGAUAAAGCCUUUUCAGGACACAGUGGACUCCAGACGCAUAAAAGAGUUCACACUGGAGAGAAACCCUACAAAUGUAAUGGAUGUCAUAAAGCCUUUUCACAAAACCAUAGCCUACAGACACAUAAAAGAGUUCACACUGGAGAGAAACCCUACAAAUGUAGGGAAUGUGAUAAAACCUUUUCAAUACACAGUAGCCUCCAGAAGCAUAAAAGAGUUCACACUGGAGAGAAACCCUACAAAUGUAGGGAAUGUGAUAAAGCCUUUUCAGGACACAGUGGACUCCAGAUGCAUAAAAGAGUUCACACUGGUGAGAAACCCUACAAAUGUAAUGAAUGUGAUAAAGCCUUUUCACAACACCGUAGCCUCCAGCAGCAUAAACGAGUUCACACUGGAGAGAAACCCUACAAAUGUAAUGAAUGUGAUAAAGCCUUUUCACGACCCAGUAGACUCCAGCAGCAUAAUAAAGUUCACACUGGAGAGAAACCCUACAAAUGUAAUGAAUGUGAUAAAGCCUUUUCAGAACACAGUAGCCUCCAGAUGCAUAAAAGAGUUCACACUGGAGAGAAACCCUACAAAUGUAAUGAAUGUGAUAAAGUCUUUUCACACCAAAAUAGCCUACGGAAGCAUAAAAGAAUUCAUACUGGAGAGAAACCCUACAAAUGUAAUGAAUGUGAUAAAACCUUCUUAUACCACACUAGCCUCCAGAUGCAUAAAAGAGUUCACACUGGAGAGAAACCCUACAAAUGUAAUGAAUGUGAUAAAGCCUAUUCAGACCACACUAGCCUACGGAUCCAUAAAAGAAUUCAUACUGGAGAGAAACCCUACAAAUGUAAUGAAUGUCAUAAAGCCUUUUCACGACCCAGUAGCCUCCAGCAGCAUAAACUUGUUCACACUGGAGGGAAACCCUAUAAGUGUAAUGAAUGUGAUAAAGCAUUUUCACGACCCAGUGGACUCCAGCAGCAUAAAAGAGUUCACACUGGACAGAAACACUACAAUUGUAAUGAAUGUGAUAACGCCUUUUCAAACCACACUAGCCUAAAAAACCAUAAUAGAAUUCAUACUAGAGAGAAACCAUAGAAAUGUCAUGAAUGUGAUAAAGCCUUUUCACGACCCAGUGGCCUCCAGUUGCGCAAUAGAGUUCAUACUGGAGAGAAACCCGACAAAAGUAGUGAAUGUGAUAAAGCCUUUUCAGCACACAGUAGUCUCCAGAUGUAUAAAAGGAUUCAUACUGGAGAGAAACCCUACAUGUCUUGAAUGUCAUAAAGCCUUCUCAUGACCCAGUAGCCUCCAGCAGCAUAAACUUGUUCACACUGGAGGGUAACCCUACAAGUGUAAUGAAUAUGAUAAAGCAUUUUCACGACCCAGUGGACUCCAGCAGCAUAAAAGAGUUCACUCACACUGGACAGAAACCCUACAAAUGUAAUGAAUGUGAUAAAACCUUUUAUACCACACUAGCCUCCAGAUGCAUAAAAGUGUUCACACUGGAGAGAAACCCUACAAAUGUAAUGAAUGUGAUAAAGCCUAUUCAGACCACACUAGCCUACGGAUCCAUAAAAGAAUUCAUACUGGAGAGAAACCCUAUAAAUGUAAUGAAUGUCAUAAAGCCUUUUCACAACCCAGUAGCCUCCAGGAGCAUAAACUUGUUCACACUGGAGGGAAACCCUACAAGUGUAAUGAAUGUGAUAAAGCAUUUCACGACCCAGUGGACUUCAGAUGCAUAGAAGAGUUCAUACUGGACAGAAACCCUACAAAUGUAAUGAAUGUGAUAACGCCUUUUCAGACCACACUAGCCUACAAAACCAUAAUAGAAUUCAUACUAGAGAGAAACCAUAGAAAUGUAAUGAAUGUGAUAAAGCCUUUUCACGACCCAGUGGCCUCCAGUUGUGCAAUAGAGUUCAUACUGGGGAGAAACCCGACAAAAGUAGUGAAUGUGAUAAAGCCUUUUCAGCACACAGUAGUCUCCAGAUGUAUAAAAGAAUUCAUACUGGAGAGAAACCCUACAAAUGUCAUGAAUGUAAUAAAGCCUUUUCACGACCCAGUAUCCUCUACAAGCGUAAAAGAGUUCAUACUGGGGAGAAAUCCUACAAAUGUAAUGAAUGUGAUAAAGUCUUUUCAGACCAUGGUAACAUUCGGAGGCAUACUGAAGACAAACCCUACAAAUGUAGUGACUGUGGUGAAGCCUUUAUUCAACACAAUAGACUCCUGAUACAAGAAAGGGUUCAUACUGGAGAGAAAGCCUACAAAUGUAAUGAAUGUGAUAAAACCUUUUCACAACCCAGUAGACUCCAGAUACACAGAAGAAUUCAUACAGGAGCAAAACCCGUCAAACUUAAUGAAUGUGUUAAACCCUUUUCACAACAAAAUAGUCUCUAGACACAUAGAGUUCCUACCAAAGAGAAACCCUACAACCUUAAACAAUGUGAUAAAGCCUUUCACAACACAGUAAUCUCCAAAUACAUUUAAGAACACACAGAGGAGGGAUACCCUCCAAAUGUAACCAAUGUGACAAAGUCUUUUCCCAACAUAAUAUUCUCCAAAUACAUAGAAAAAUACAUACUAUAGAGAAACCCUACAAAUUAAUCAUUGUAAUAAAAGCUUUCCAAUCCACAUUCA